AUGGAAGAUAUCAAUGAAACAAAUGGGUAUUCUUACUAUGCCCAGAGUUACAUCAUUGAUUACUACUCUUCCCUACAGGACAAGGGGAAUUCCCAGCAUGAAGAUGCAGACAGCAACAAUACAGGAUUUCUUCAAACUCCUGACUACUCAGUGCUAGGCUUUAAUCCAUACUCGAAUAAUAGUUGGUAUGGAGAUCAUGCAAGCAGAGAAUUUGCACAAACACUUCAACCACCCUUUGAGGGUAUAAUCUCCAUGAACAAUUUUUCAGAGACUGGAAACAACUCAUUCAACUACCAACACAGAGACAUAUAUAGAGGUUAUAAUACGCACAUAAGCUUUGUGGACCAUAUGGAUAUUGCUGCAAAUCAGUAUGGCUAUGUUCAGGGUCAACCAGUCAAACAAUCGCAUAAAGAUCAAAGUUGUUUCAAACCAGUUUUCUCCAAAGGAAGCAGGAAAAAAGGUAUAAGGAAUGUAGGUUUAUAA